AUGCCCGAUCCUCUCAGCAAUUUUUCUUCUUUCUCACAGGCUGUUUCUUCAAACAACAUUGAAGCGUCAAAAAUUGAUAACACAGAGUUGUUGUCCAACAAACAAACAACACCAAUCACUUCAGAUAUUGUGUUGACCAACAUUGCGGGUAGCAAACACAACGAGGAACCUCCUGUAGAAGAGGAAAGAAGAAAAAACAAACUGAGACUGUUCAGAAGAAAGAAGAAGCAACAAACUGAGAGUGAAUCCAUCCCAUCUUCUUCUUCGUCUUCGUCAGUGUCGUCAAGUCCUUACUUGAAAGUACGUCUCAAACAAACUACUUCUUCAAGUAGAGGUGCUGAUCAUCAACAGCGAAGAUACUCUGUGGCAAACACAUUAUCAACGUGUGAGGUUUCUAAAGACCAAGACUCUGCAAUGAGAAGGCAUUCCGCUACAUCUCGUUCUCCCCUACUAUUUCAUCAACACGAAUCGACUUCUGAAAAUGCAACCUCGAACGACCUUACAAAUCCAAGCCAUCACUCUCUCAAUAUUCCUUCUAACAGAGAUCAAUUUCAGAUGGGCCACUCAUGCACGAACGAAGACCGAUCAGCCACGAUAAUCAUGGAUGAACAACAAACAAAUCAUCAAAAAGAAACCACUCGAAAUCCGAAAAGUGAGACGCUUACCUCCCCUGAACAAGUUGCUCCAGCCACAACAAGUUCUCCGUUCGUAGGAGAAUCAAAAAACAAGAAUUACAUCGCAUCAUCAUCAGUGAAAACGACGAAACAAACAACGCCGUUGACCACUACAACAGCGGUCGCAACUGCUGCUUCCAAGUCCUCCUCCUUCUUAUCGCCAUCUAAAAAAAGUGUAGUGUCUCCUUCUCAUACAACCACCCCAUCAAAUACACCACCGAUCAAAACAAAACACCAACAAGGACAAACCUCUUCUGCUGCCAUGGCAAUGGAUAAAUUUCUCUCUCCGAGUGAUAGCAGUGGUGGAGGUUCACCUGCAUUAUCCUCUCCGAUAGCGAUCAAGAAUGCUUCCAAUAGAGCAAUUGAAGAGUUUUUAUCAUCGAAAUCGCCUCCCAAUAAUGAUUCCGUACCAUCUUCUAUUGAUAAAAGUGUCAACGACAACAUAAUUAAUUCCCAUGCAGAAGAAAGUGAGGAAAGUGGAGAGGAAGAUGUUGAAGAGGAUGAAGAGGACGAAUACGAUGAGGAAGAAAGUGACACUGAGGAAACAGAGGAAGAAGAAUCAGAGGAAAACAAUUCUAGCACUCGUGAGGAAGCAUUAGCUUCAACUAUUAGCCAACCAACUAGAACUGCUCUUGAUAUAGAAGAUUUGAUGGGAGUGAAAACGAUGAUUUCUCCCAAAGAUUUGCAAACAAUCUCAUACGAAGUGAAUGAAAAAUUGAACGAAUCAGUUCAAAAGGAAUUCAACUUGGGUCCUGACGAACAAGUGUUGGAUUCUUUCCUUUGUGCAUAUUAUGAGAGCAAAAUGCCACAACAAGGAAAAAUGUACAUUACCCAGAAUUUUGUUUGUUUUUCCUCAAAUAUUUUUGGGUACAAAAUCAAUCUUGUGAUUGCAUUCAGUGAUAUUAAACGUAUUGAAAAGAGAAUGACAGCCAUGAUUAUUCCUAACGCCAUUGAAAUAUUUCUUAAGGAUAAUACAUCACAUUUUUUUGGCUCUUUUGUUUUCAGAGAUAAUGUAUAUAAGGUUCUUCUGGCACUCUGCUCUCUGCAUGCUAAAGCUAGAGGAAAUAUACUACUUAACUUGCAAAAUUCGAGCAGUUUACCUCAACCAAUGGAGCCAAAGACAUCAGAGCAAUUAUUAAGCACAGAAGAUGAUGGCGACGACGAGGAGCAUGAGGAUGAGCUAAAUAGCGAUCAAGGAUAUGAUGAAGAUGAAGGGGAUGAAUCAGAUGAUGAACAGUCUGACGAUACUCAAUCAGUAGAGCUUGAUGAGGUUCGCCAUUCUCAACCUGCCGUUGAAUCUCUUCCAAAAAAUAACGACACCAACCAACAACCGGCGUCUGUAGGAACACCUACAAAAAAUGGUAAAUCUGGAGAAUCUGGAGAACCAAACAACAAUGGAAGUAAGGAGAAUUCUAACUCAGGAGGUGAUGACAAGAAGAACGAGAAAAGUGAAAAGAAUGAAAGGAAUGAUAAAAACGACAAGAAUGACAAACAAGACAAUAAUAAUACCAAUAAUCAAGAGGAAGAAAAUGAAGAUGAGGACGAUGAAUUCGACGGCCUUUUCCCGGAGGAGGAUGACAAGAUCACUGGAAUUCAAGACUUGCCAGCAGGAGAUUUCUUUGCCGAUCCUGAUAAAAUCAAGCCAAAGGACAUCAUAACUGAUGUAUUGCCCGUUAGCAUAACAGAUGCAUGGUAUAUUCUCAAAUCAGACAAUAUUAAUUUUCAAAACGAGCAUCACAAGACACGAGAAGAAACCAAUGUGCAAUACACGCCUUAUGUAAAAGUGGAUAAUAAUCCUGGAAUUAUGAGAAAAUUAUUCUUUGUGGCCAAAAUUAAUAACUCCAUAGGACCAAAAAGCAGUAGAAUGGAAUGUGUUGAACGAGCUAUUCUUUGUAAAGGAAAGAAGAAAAUUAUCAAUCAAAUCAGUACUUUUGGGCUCGAUAUUCCGUUCUCUGAUACUUUUAGAGUUAAUAAUUAUUGGAUUUUGGAGGAUAUUGAUGGAAAAUCAUGUUCAGUUAAGAUCAUGUCAGGUGUCUAUUUCUUGAAAUCAUCUUUACUGAGAUGGAAAAUUGAAGAAGCUGCUGAUAAGGAAUCGAAAACAGCUUUAACUUUAUGGAUGUCUCAGGCCAAGGAAACCAUUACUAAUGCUAAAGCAAGUGGAAAUUUACCAUCGAUCAAGAAAUCAACCAAACCAAAGAAGAAGAAGACACCAUCCAAAGAAGCUACUAAAAGACGUUCGAAACGCAAAUCCACCAAGCCCAUUUCAGAAACAGAAUCAACAUUACCAACAGCUACCCCUACCAAAGCUGUAGACUUCUCUAGUGCUCCACAACAAGCAGCAAAUCCUUUCUCCAGCCCUUCUCCAUUCUUAUCGUCUCCUUCAACGACGGAUGCUGGGCAGGAUUUACUUACCAAAGUUAUGAAUUUUGUUUUCAACAUUCCAACCUACCUUUCUUCCAAUAUCAGUCUACCUGCAUGGGUAUUUCUAACCAUCAUACUGAUAUUAAUAUUCUUGAUCUUCUCCCAACAAUAUUCCAUUAUCCAAACAGUGAAACACUUGGAGCACAAUGUACAAAUCUACAAACAACAAGCAGUUCUCUUUGAGCAAGAGCUCAACCACCUUGUAUUUAAUAUAUCCGAGCUUAACACCAGCAAGAUCGUGGAGAGUAGUAGGCAAAUCCAAUCACAACUUGCCGAAUGGUUGGCAGCAAAGAACGAACUGUACAAAUCCCAUAUCGACAAUGAGCUUCUCCAUUCUCUCCUAUAUGAACUUGCUGAACUGAAAAAUCUCAUCAAAAAGAAAGAUCCCGGUUAA